AUUGAGAUAUUCCCACAGACCAACGCAAAACCAGGAACGUGGAUCGCUUUGAAUGUACGAAAAAGAGAACAAGGAAGCAACAUGUGCCGAUAACUAUACAAGUAAUAUGAUCACAGCAAUAUAGAAAGGAAAUAGAGAAAAUAGUAAUUGUACUGGAUAUUUAAAAUACUGCGGUUAUUAUACAGAUUUGAUGUUGAAUUCAGGCUAGUUGACACUCAACAAAAUGUAAAUCAAAACUAGACAUUGAACUGACAUCUGUGCCCAGUGGGACUGUACGAACUAUGAAGAGAGAGGUCAACGCCGGGGUGAAUUUCCUGAGACGCCUAGCCGUGGAGCGGGGUGGCUUAGAUGGAACCAAAGCUGACGCUUUUGCUGGAAAGCUGCGGCAACUUCUGUGCGACAAAUUCAAAGACCACUGGUACCCCGACAACCCCAACAAAGGACAGGCAUUCAGGUGCAUCAGGGUAAGCGAGGGGGUGGUGUAUGAUGAGGAGGUGCUGAGAGCGUGUGAGGAGAGCAAGCUCAAACCCAGCGAGCUGGGCCUCCCAUGCGAAAUUGCGCUGUGGAUCGACCCACUGGAGGUGUGCGCACGGUCAGGGGAGAACUGCAGGUACUUCACAGUAGCACGUUUCAAAGAAGGAGAAGAGGAGGAUAAGGAAGAUGUGAAAGGAGACAAAGAUGUUGACCUGGAUACGUCUGACUACCACUCUGCCAGCUCAUCUGACUGUGGCUCUGCUGUCUCCAGCGAUACAGAGGAGGAGGGGAAGGAUGGAGAGACGGACGGAAGAAAAGAUGGGGAGAAGACGAAAGAGAAAGAGGGAAAGAAAGAGAAGGAGAAGGCGGAGGGCGAACCUUAUGUGAUUGCCAUGAUGCCCAGGGUUCGGGACAGGUUCCGGGGGGAGCAUGCUCAACAGAAGAUCACCAAAACACUGCUCCAGCCCACCUCACAGCAUUACUUCUACCACCCUGCCCCUGUGUGGCCCACAACAUACAAGAAGAAGGGUCCUGUGUUCCUCACCACAAUGUAUGCGCCUCCACCUCCUCCAGUGUUCGGCUACUACCUCCUGCCCCAGCCACCCCCGCAGUUCAUCAUGCCUUAUGCCACUCUGCAGCCAUGGGGGGCUGUGAAGAACUAAACCAACUGGUUGGAGAGGGGGAGGUUAAACUGCUAUUUUACAUAUGAGCCGAUCACGCAUUAAGCCAAUCACAAUGGGUCUGUGCAGGUUUUUGAAGGUGUGGGUGAGGCGCAAUUAAGAUAGUUUGACAAAAUAUUUGAAGGGUUAGCGAGGAGCAGAACUUGAUUCAUUAUAUCAUUUUUUGAUUGCCGUACACUUAAUUAUUUUCUUUUUGGUGACAAUCAGUUUUGGGGAUUUCCUCUAUGUAACUUUCUUAGGUAGAAUUGCCACUGAAGUAAACAGGGAUUAUACUAAAGCAAGCAUUUAGUAAAUAUUGCUACAGGCACUUCCCUAAGGGCUACCAGUGGGGUUAGGGUAAUCCACUGAUUAAAAGUAGUCUAUUCAUAUGAUUCGUAUUGACAAAAAGCAGUGGAACUGGCUUUGAGUUACAGAGUGUAGUUUGAGGGCUGUAUUCCUUCAUUGGGUGCUCAUAACAUCUCAGGAAUCCUCAGUAAUAAGCUGAAAAACAAAGCUUCUUUGAUGAUUUUAGAUAUUUUUGUAAAUAUUAUAGACUACCUUUCACCUGUCACCUCUAAGCAUCAACAUUGUAAAUAUGAACUGUAAGAUACAGAGCAGUUCAUGGUCCUGGUGGGCCUAAAAUACUUCUGGUUUUUGUUUCUACUGGUAGUUAAUUGGACUCACCUGGUGUCACAGGUCUGAAUUAGUCCCUGAUAAGGAGAGGAUGAAAACUAGUAGUGUAUCAGGACCUAGAUUGGACAGCCCGUAGACUGUAGUGAAAUGCAGUUACAUGUAGUAACAUACGUACCGUGUCUCUUGAGUUCUCUGAAGCUGCAUCUAACUGCACAUCAUUACAAUAUAAUGUAUCAAUACGAGACAAUGGUCUUAUUAUUUUUGACAAUUCACUGUGAUUGUAACCUGUAUAUUUUACCUGUCAAGUACAAACCUCUCUCUAUUUUAUAAUAAUUAACAGACCAACCAGAAGCUUUUUGUACAUACUGUAACCUGUUAACAAAUAGUAAUUAUCAACCACAUUUGCUUUUUGAAUUUGUUGUAAUUUAUUUUUCCACCGGUGGGUGGUACCAAAAUCACUGUUGUAAAGUCAAAUUCCAUGCAUUUUUAUGGAUAUUCUUUAUUUUACAUAUCUUGAUAAAGUUUGUAGUGUUGGUGCAUGUAUAAUUUUAAAAGUUCUUUGUUUAUCAUUUCCUGAUUUAUAAAUCUUUAGUCUGCUAAAGCCCAGAUUGAAGAACAUCACAAUUGUGAUGUACUCUUAUAAUCUCCACCCGGCACAGCCUGGUUCCUCUCUAGGUUUCUUCCUAGGUUCGUGCUGCAUUGAUUGCUGUUAGUGGUUUUAGGCUGGGUUUCUGUAUAGCACUUUGUGACAUCUGCUGAUGUAAAAAGGGCUUUAUAAAUAAAUGUGAUUGAUUGAUGGGAUAAAAUGGGUCUGCACUGAACUGUAUACACUCCUGUAUAAUCAGUCUUCCAUGGAUUUACUGUAAAUAGUUUUAUAUAUUGGAAAUUAAAAAUGCUUGGGUGAUCCAAAUGUUUAGCUUUAAUAUGAAUAGAUGUUUUCAUAACUUAAUACCUAUAUUCUCUAUUUUUAUACUGGCUUUUAUUGGCCCAUUGGUCUGCUCUGGAUGUAUAUUUAUUCAAUUUUAUGAAUUGCCUUUUCACUUGUUCUGAGUACAGAGCAGUACUUUCUAUUCACACGAUUCUUACUGUAUUUGAUAGACAAUUGUCCAUGCUAAUGUUUAUGUUAAGCUGUGUCAGUUUUUAUACUGAUAUCAUCUCUCUGUUUUGUCAGCACAUAUCAUUAAAUCAAUCGAUUUAUAAA